AUGAACUACUUUCCGUCCACUCAUCAGUCUCUGGAUCAAAGAAAUUAUCCCCUAGAGCCUCUUAAUCAUCAUCUCCUCGUCCACACUCUGCGUAAUACUUUGAGAAACAUUCGAUCCCAGAAGAAAAUGCAACCGUUCCCUUCUCAAAGGACACCUAGAAUCGCGAAGGAUGUCAAUAGUGUCCUCAAUUAUCUUCUGAAAGUUCUCCCUCCUCCGUCCAUAUCAAGCUCGACGAAACACCGGUACAUCUUGUUGAGGGUGGGUGAGGAAGAUGUGUAUGUCAGGAGCGUCGUCAAUUGUACGUGUCUGAAGCUCCUGAACAAAUCGGACCUUAUGGUCGUUUGCCACGUUGAGGAUACGGACGAGCGUGUCAUUAUUGGUGUGGUGAAAGCAUCUACAAAAAUUUUGCAGGAUGAUUUUAUGAGGGGUAGAGAUCAAAACAACCUCACCCACCGUGACCUUCAACGAGUCGGUCCGCUGGUGGUCCGAACAUACCAUCAAUGGCCUGUCGAAUGA